AUGGCUCCUGACAAAUCUUGCAUGUUGUUGCCUUUGGGUGAAAGACAAUACGCCCUCACCAAACCUCUCUCCACGAACUCCGAGUAUUUGAGAAACGAAGCUACUGAAUCAGGACAAGUUGUGGACUUCAAAGAUUGGCAGAUAACACUAACAAGACGAUUCCAAGCCUUGAAGUUAUGGAUGGUGCUAAGGAGCUAUGGGGUGAGUGGUUUGAGACAAUUCUUAAGAAACCAUGUGAAAAUGGCAAAGGAUUUCGAAAUGAUGGUGACCAUGGACAGUAGGUUUGAGAUUGUGGCUACCUAG